AUGAGAUUUGAUUGGUCGACAAACUACGGUUUUUUGCGGCUUGCCACGAGUACAGUAUUUGAAAAAUGGCGGAAAAUUUUUGAGAAUUAAAAAUUAUUUUAGUUAAAAUCAAAAUAUCUCGUUAUAAAGGUAAAAAUGACCACUGGAGACUUAAAGAACAAUCUCAGGAAACUUCAUUUGGAAUUGAGGCAAAUAAACUAUAAAAAUACUUUAGAUAUUGAGGGUUUGAGUAUCGGUAGACCUUCUGCUUUCCUACCUAUUUUGCACUUCAUCUUGACGGAGUUUUCUAACGAAUUGACACAAUAUUUAUUCGCCAAAGACUACGAACUGCUUGCAAAAAGCGAUAAAAACUUUAUGUCUAUUGUUUAUAAAAUAAUUCGGGAUGAAUUCAACACCAAACUGCCUUUAAAUAAAGAGCAGUUUUUCUCUGUCGGAUUUGCGGAACGCAAGCUGCAACUACUCACGACAGUUAUUGUGAUUUGUCGAAAGAAGAAUGAUGACUUAAAACCAAAAAGAAGAAGAAACUUGCAACUAGCAAGUGCAGGUAUGAAAUAUAAUAAACCUUGUGGCUUUCAUAAAUCUGAUGACAUCAAACCUGACAAACACAUUUUAGUUCAGGUAGAAAGGAGUCCUGGAGGAUUCUCUGGGAAUUGCAAGGGAUUUGAAAAAAUGGAAAGACUUGUUGCCAAAACAGAUAUUGACACCAAUGAAUCAAAGCAUUUGAAGCAUGUCCCAAAACCUUUCCAGAAGCUUGGUGAAAGCUUAGAAUCUCCCAAGAGCAAACCUUCCUCUGAACAUGGUGAAAAUACUAGUCUUAUGAUGAAAGAAAAUGUUUGUCCUAAUUCAGUUAUUGAUCAAACGAUCAACAACAGUUUAGAAUCAUUCACAAGACAUGCCAAAAAUGCAAAAGCAAGUGAUCCGGUCUUCACACAAGAUUCAAAAUAUCAUUACACUAUCGCAAAUGAUUAUCAGAAUGAUUCAAGAACCAAGACAUGUUUGUAUGAAGUAAAUAAAGACCAAGAAAUUGUUGAUACUAUGAGAAUGCAAGCAAAGCAAUUAAAAUCACUUGAAGAAGAUGCAAAAUACAAAAAUGAUCGCAUUGAAGAAUUGGUUGUUUUGAAUUCAAAGUUAAAUGCAAGAGUUAUGGUGCUAGAAACUGCCCUUGCAUUGCUACAGGAAAAAUUACAGAUAUAAAAAUAAAGGUAGUUACAUGGUUUUCAUAAUAAGUUCCUUUGUGUGAAAUUGGUUGAAUCAUCUCCGAUCACUAAUUGCCAAGACAAUGUUUUUACUUGAAAAAUGUGAGAAAGAAGUUUUGAAAAAAUCUGUUUGUUGUUUUAUUUUCUCAA